GCGGACUGCGGCAUGGCGUUCCGGCAGGCGUUGCAGCUGGCGGCCUGCGGGCUGGCCGGGGGCUCGGCCGCCGUGCUCUUCUCGGCCGUGGCGGUGGGCAAGCCGCGCACCAGCGGGGACUCGGAGCCGCGGGCGGCGGAGGCGCCGGCCUGGGCGGGGGGCGCGCGGCCGUGCCGGGGCGUCUGGGACCCCAACUGGGACAGGCGAGAGCCACUCUCUCUGGUCAACCUGCGGAAGAGGAACGUGGAAUCUGGAGAGGAGGAGCAGGCGUCCAGGCUGGACCACUACAGGGCGAAGGCCACAAGGCACAUCUUCCUCAUCAGGCAUUCCCAGUACCACAUGGACGGCUGCCUGGAAAAGGACCGCACUUUGACCCCACUAGGUCGGGAACAAGCUGAACUCACGGGGCUCCGACUUGCCAGCCUGGGGUUGAAGUUUAGUAAAAUCAUCCAUUCCUCCAUGACCCGUGCGGUGGAGACCACAGACAUCAUCAGCAAGCACCUGCCAGGCGUCUCCAGAGUCAGCACAGACCUGCUGCGGGAAGGUGCACCCAUCGAGCCCGACCCUCCUGUGUCUCACUGGAAGCCAGAGGCUGUGCAGUAUUACGAAGAUGGUGCCCGGAUCGAGGCUGCUUUCCGGAACUACAUCCACAGGGCAGAUGCCAAGCAAGAGGAGGACAGCUAUGAAAUCUUCAUAUGCCAUGCCAAUGUUAUCCGCUACAUUGUCUGCAGAGCGCUGCAGUUCCCUCCAGAAGGCUGGCUCCGUCUCUCCCUCAACAAUGGCAGCAUCACCCACCUCGUGAUCCGACCGGAUGGCCGAGUAGCACUCAGGACCCUUGGGGACACGGGGUUCAUGCCCCCCAACAAAAUCACCCGGUCUUGAGGGCCCCUCUGGGACUCCACCCUUCUCUGCGUGCAGCCUGGUUCAGCCUUCCCUCUUGUUCCUUGUCCAGGCUGCAGUGCAGCUUUGAGGAAGAGGCUGUGGAAUGUCUCAGAUGCUGGGGACACUUGUGUCUGGCCCACUGAAAGGGAAACCUUCAGGCCAGACAACCUGACUUCCUUCCUUUGGCCUGCCAGGACAGCCCCAUGGGUGUGGGGUGAGGACCUUCUCAGGCAAGAGGACAGCCUGUGCUGGGCUUUGAAUAAGCCCUGCUUGCCAUCCCUCUGGACCACCAUGGCAGGCCUGCAUGGGUGGCCACAGCAGCAAGUGACUCUGGGCUCCGCCUAAGCUGGUGCAGCAGGACAAGCUUUCUAAACAACUCAUUUCAUUCACAUGUUCUUAUUCUGAAAAGCCUUUGUCACUUCAGUGUUCGUCAAUUAAAACCUAUUCCUCA